CAACGCCUUCCCUGCUACAGCUCUUUCGUUGAUGCGCUUCGUCUGUGGUAAGACGACGAGUAGAAACCAAAAAAAUCAGCGCGUUUGUAUUCGCUGGGAGAAGUCGAAGCAUAACGUUGAUUCAAGUGCAAGAGUGCAUAAUCUAAAAGUGGAUUGAUUACGGAUUGUUACAUCCAACGUGACACCGGGACGAAGUAGAUUCGUAAGGUAGAUUGAAGGACGAUGGCCAAAACCAAGAACGGCACCGAAGUUGAGAAUGGGGACAAGUCUUCCACUGAGUCAACAACGGCCUCAUUGUCGUCAUCCGCCGGGGCUCCAACUCUGCCGCCGGAGAGUGACAACAUAUCGACCCGUGUCGGAACCAGAACCAAGAAAGCAAAAGUAGUGUUUGACCCCUCGGAUAACUACAUACCGAGAAAGCGCGUCCGUAAAGCGGAUUUACUACCUUCCGAUUCACCAGUCGGUCCAUCUUCAUCCAAAUUAGACCACCUGGUUCCCAAAUCCCCGUCCAAGUCGGACACGCCAAUGACCGCAGAUGGCAACAAUGGCAAUGUCAUGAUGAAGUCGCGCCCAACCCUAAGUCCUGCGACGCUUUCCGUCGCUUCGAAACAAAUCACCACAAGUUACAGCCGGCCCAAAGUGCUUGGCGGAGGGCCAUCCUCUAUGUCCUCGUCCUCGUCGGAUGCUACCCGGCUGGCAGGUUCAGCUGGUGGAGGAAAUUCGGGGCUGACUGUGACUGGCAUCAAGCGGGAACCCAAUUGCGACAUGUGCCACAAGGUGGAACAGCAACGCCGCGGAUUCAAGCUGGUCGAUUGCUGCAGCUGUGCUUUUCGAGCUCACUCCAAAUGCCUGCGAGCACAUCCAGUCUAUCAGAAAUUCCCGAUUCGGUUCAACUUUCGCUGUUUCCAGUGCAUCGAAUGCGUCGUUUGUGGAAAAUCGUUACGUGGUGGAAAUCUUCUGUUCUGCUGUGAUUGCCAUAAUGCAUUCCACGCAAACUGCCACGGGCCGUCCAAUUCAGACAGUCCCUGGUUAUGCAAACGAUGCCUAGGUGUCGGCAACCCCACAAAACAGUCUCGAUCUCAACCGGAAAAGCAAUCUUCAGUGGCCGAUCGCCCGGAAUCGGCGGACAACGCCGAUGACGAAGCCCAUCAGGAAUUUGCCGGAUUCAGUGACAAUGAAAUACGGAAAGAUUCGUUCUCACUGUCGGACUCGGGACCGGCCAAUGAUAGUGCCGUCCAGCCAGAUGACACGGAAGACGAUGACGAAGAGGAAGAAGAAGACGAUGAUCAUCAGAAUGAGGACGAGGAGGAAGAAGCAGAGGAAACGGAGCAGACAGAUCAGAACGAUACCACUGAGGAAAAUAACGAUGUGGAUAAUGAUGAGGAAAAGUUUGAUCCUCGGCUUGAUAAUUUUGAAGACAUUCAGAAUUGGUCGUGUGAAGAUGUGUAUCAAUAUUUCAAACAUUAUUUUCCAGAUUAUGCUCAUCUGUUCAAAGAACAGGAAAUCGACGGACCAUCACUGGUUUUGAUGAGAAAGUCGGAUGUCCUGUCCGGGUUUGGGCUGAAACUUGGACCUGCGAUAGCCCUCUAUCAGCGGAUUGUCAUGAUGCAGAAUAACGAUAGGGAUUUCCGUUUGACAUGGAUCUAAAGUGCUAUCCCGGUUGAAAGCUACAUUUAAGAAUCAGUAAAAACACGAUUGAUGAGUUUUGAGAUAAUAUUUUAUUAGCUUAUAGUAAAGUCUAUUAUAGGUGAACUUAUUUGCUGGCACACGCAAAUGGGUUCGAAAAGUUUCUCACUGAAUAAAUAUGAAGCUUGUUCAAACGAAAUAAAAAAUCUUAGAGUAUGUUUGUCCACUUUGCCCGAAAA